AUGUCUGAAAAAUAUGCUGAUUAUGUGGUUGCCCCAUUUGAACCAUCUCAAGCUAAGUUACUUACAAAUUCAUCUAAUAACAAGCUAUUAACCGAUUCCCCCAUAUUAGCUUCGGCUCUAUCCCAAAUCUUUCCAUAUUUAUUACUCAUUGAUAAUAUCUUAGAGAUUAUAACUUGGACCAAUGAUGAUCCUUAUCAGAAUUUCUUGAUUGUGGUGGUGUAUUCAUGUCUUGUGAUGUACUGGCAUUCCAUAAGUUAUAUUAUAUUGCCAAUUAUAUUUUCGGUUAUAUUUUCAGGAUUGGUAUGGUCAAUAAGUUCAGUUAUUUAUGAUUCUAAAUUCGAUGAAAAACCAACAAUUGAUGAAGUUUUAUUCACCCUUCAUAAUAUUACAUUGAGAUUUGAAAUGAUUAUGGGUCCAGCUCAACAUAUUCCUUUCAAAUUUAAAAAUUAUGUUAAAAUAUUUAUAAUGACAGCCAUAUUAACUCCCUUACAUUUACUUAUCGUUAAAACUAUCAUUCCACCUCAAAAAGCAAUAUGGUUUACGGGUAUUUUUGUAUUAGCCUAUCAUUCACCUUGGUUAUUUGCUGUAAGAAGAUUAUUAUGGAGAUCAGUUUAUGUUAGAAUAUUUAUGUUUUAUUUGACAGGACUUGAUAUUAAACUUGAUCGAGGAUUUGAUGCAUCGAAAUAUCAAACCAUAUCAAGAGUUCAAAGUCCAACUUCAAGUGAUAUUGAAGAAUUAAACAGUGUACCAUUAUUAACUGAUUUCAAAAUCAUUAAAAAAUCAAUAGUGUCUCCAACUCAAUUGAAACAAAUUGUAUUAUUUGAAUUACUUGAAAAUGAAAGAAGAUGGAUCGGGUUAGGAUGGUCAAAUUUAUUAUUUCCUGGUGAUAGACCUAACUUUUGUCAUGAACAAUCAUUAUUACCAGCUCCCCCAGUCCAAGAUACCAAAGAUGAUUAUCCAUUCCCGAUAUUUGAAAGUGAUCUUUAUACCUAUCUGUGGGAUUGGUUGGAUACCGAUUGGCUGAUUGAUACUGAGUUCAACAAGGGUAAGAGUAAAGAAGGAUGGGUUUAUAAUGAUAGUAAUUGGGAAAAUCCCAGUUUUAAAGAUGGAUUUUCCAAAUAUACCAGAACUAGAAAAUGGAUCAGAAAGGCAAUUUUCUUGAUCGAUAAGCAAAGUACUGUUCAUGACGAAUAA